CAGUUCUGUGCUGUGGGCACCAGGUGCUACUUCUGCGUGGGAUCAGCACGGUGGCUCCCUUGCGCCACCUGGUGGGGGCAUCUCAGGGUUGCCGGGCGCCGUUUCUGUAUUUGCAACAGCGCCUCAGGCCCGCGGGCUCCCGGACCCGGUGGGGAGGCACUACUGAGGGAAAAAGGAAGGCACGAUGCCCUUUCUUCCCAGAGCAGCAAGGGUUGAGUUUCAAGAAGUGAUUGACCUGCUGACUGUGGGCGAGUCUCGGCAGAUGACCGCUGUGGCAGAGAAGAUCCGGACCGCCCUGCUCACUGCUGGGGACAUCUACCUCUUGUCCACCUUCCGCCUGCCCCCCAAACAGGGUGGUGUCCUCUUUGGCCUCUACUCUCGGCAGGACAACACACGAUGGCUGGAGGCCUCUGUUGUGGGCAAAAUCAACAAAGUGCUGGUGCGGUACCAGCGGGAGGACGGCAAGGUCCACGCAGUGAACCUGCAGCAGGCGGGCCUGGCCGACGGGCGCACGCACACGGCUCUCCUGCGACUCCGAGGUCCCUCCCGACCCAGCCUCGCCCUGCAGCUCUACGUGGACUGCAAACUGGGGGACCAGCACGCCGGGCUCCCAGGGCUGGCCCCCAUUCCUCCAGCGGAGGUGGAUGGGCUGGAGAUUAGGACCGGACAGAAGGCUUAUUUGAGGAUGCAGGGCUUUGUGGAGUCUAUGAAAAUGAUUCUGGGCGGGUCCAUGGCCCGGGUGGGAGCCCUGAGUGAGUGUCCGUUCCAGGGGGACGAGUCCAUCCACAGAGCAGUGACCAACGCGCUCCAUUCCAUCCUAGGGGAGCAGACCAAGGCGCUGGUCACCCAGCUCACCCUCUUCAACCAGAUCCUGGUGGAGCUGCGGGAUGACAUCCGAGACCAGGUGAAGGAAAUGUCCCUGAUCCGAAACACCAUCAUGGAGUGUCAGGUGUGCGGCUUCCACGAGCAGCGUUCGCACUGCAGCCCCAACCCCUGCUUCCGCGGCGUGGACUGCAUGGAGGUGUACGAGUACCCCGGCUACCGCUGCGGGCCCUGCCCCCCCGGCCUGCAGGGAAAUGGCACCCACUGCAGCGACAUCAAUGAGUGUGCCCACGCGGACCCUUGUUUUCCUGGCGUCAGCUGCAUCAACACCAUGCCCGGCUUCCGCUGUGAGGCCUGUCCCCAGGGCUACAAAGGCACGCGGGUGUCCGGUGUGGGUAUCGACUACGCCCGCGCCAGCAAACAGGUCUGCCAGGACAUCGACGAAUGCAGUGACGGUAACAACGGUGGCUGCGACCCCAACUCCAUCUGCACCAACACUGUGGGUUCCUUCAAGUGUGGUCCCUGUCGCCUGGGCUUCGUGGGCAACCAGAGCCAGGGCUGUGUCCCCGCCCGCACCUGCCACAGCCCAGCCCACAGCCCCUGCCACGUCCACGCGCACUGUCUCUUUGAACGCAACGGGGCCGUGUCCUGCUCGUGUAACGUGGGCUGGGCCGGGAACGGGAACGUGUGUGGGACCGACACGGACAUCGACGGCUACCCGGACCAGGCCCUGCCCUGCAUGGACAACAACAAACAUUGCAAGCAGGACAAUUGCCUUUUGACCCCCAACUCUGGCCAGGAAGAUGCUGAUAAUGAUGGCGUGGGGGACCAGUGCGACGAUGAUGCCGAUGGCGAUGGGAUCAAGAAUGUCGAGGACAACUGCCGGCUCUUCCCCAACAAGGACCAGCAAAACUCAGAUACAGAUUCAUUCGGGGAUGCCUGUGACAACUGCCCCAACGUUCCCAACAAUGACCAGAAGGACACGGAUGGCAAUGGGGAAGGGGAUGCCUGUGACAACGACGUGGACGGGGAUGGUAUCCCCAACGGACUGGACAAUUGCCCUAAAGUCCCCAACCCCCUGCAGACAGACAGGGAUGAGGACGGGGUGGGAGAUGCGUGUGACAGCUGCCCUGAAAUGAGCAAUCCCACUCAGACAGACGCAGACAGCGACCUGGUGGGGGAUGUCUGUGACACCAACGAGGACAGCGACGGGGAUGGACAUCAGGACACCAAGGACAACUGCCCACAGCUGCCAAACAGCUCCCAGCUGGACUCCGACAACGACGGCCUUGGAGACGAGUGUGACGGGGACGAUGACAACGACGGGAUCCCAGAUUAUGUGCCUCCCGGUCCCGACAACUGUCGCCUGGUUCCCAAUCCCAAUCAGAAGGACUCAGAUGGCAAUGGCGUUGGUGACGUGUGUGAGGAUGACUUUGACAAUGAUGCGGUGGUUGACCCCCUGGACGUGUGUCCCGAAAGCGCGGAGGUGACCCUCACGGAUUUCCGGGCCUAUCAGACGGUUGUCCUGGAUCCUGAGGGUGAUGCCCAGAUUGACCCAAACUGGGUGGUGCUCAACCAGGGCAUGGAAAUCGUUCAGACCAUGAACAGUGACCCCGGCCUGGCCGUUGGAUACACAGCCUUCAACGGUGUGGACUUCGAAGGCACCUUCCACGUGAACACGGUCACAGAUGACGACUACGCAGGCUUCCUCUUCAGCUAUCAGGACAGCGGCCGCUUCUACGUGGUCAUGUGGAAGCAGACGGAGCAGACGUAUUGGCAGGCCACCCCUUUCCGGGCGGUGGCUCAGCCCGGGCUGCAGCUCAAGGCAGUGACAUCCGCGUCUGGCCCAGGUGAACAUCUCCGGAAUGCCCUGUGGCAUACUGGCCACACCCCUGAUCAGGUGCGGCUGCUGUGGACUGACCCCCGGAACGUGGGCUGGCGGGACAAGACCUCCUACCGCUGGCAGCUACUGCACCGGCCUCAAGUCGGCUACAUUCGGGUGAAGCUCUAUGAGGGCCCUCAGCUGGUGGCAGACUCCGGGGUGAUCAUCGACACGGCCAUGCGAGGGGGGCGCCUUGGCGUGUUCUGCUUCUCCCAAGAAAACAUCAUUUGGUCCAAUCUCCAGUAUCGAUGCAAUGACACCGUGCCCGAGGACUUCGAGCCAUUCCGGAGGCAGCUGCUCCAGGGAAGAGCGUGAAGAGGCGGCCGCCGGAUUCAGAAUCCUGGUCUUUGCCCCUCUGGCCUUGGGGCCCGUCCUGGAGACCCUCGGGUCUAAUCUGCAGCCGCUCAGCCAAACACAGACCCUCCUCCGGCACCCACGGGAGUUCAGUCCCAGAGGGGUGGUGACCCCACUGUUCAGGAGAUGGGAAGUUUUCGGGGGGUAUUUCUCAGGCACUAACCCCAGGAAAGAGAACACAUUGCCAUAAAGUUCCAGUGGUUUUCCACA